AUUAAUAUUUUAAGAAAAAACAACCACUCAAGAAAGACUGUAACAGUCAACUACAGCUUGAAACGAAAGACGACUUUUCUUAUGUUUGCGAUCUCAUUCAAACCCCCCAAGGCUACUUUUCGAUCAUCAAAUUGAUUUCUGGGUUUCUAGUUCACGAGAUUCAGUUUCUCGGUUUAUUGAAAUUUGUAACAGAUGAAGAUCGGAGACUUGCUGUCGGAACUUCUUCUGUCCCUUCCAGAAGAUGUCUUCGCCCUCAUCUCCCGUUUCCUUUCACCGACCGACGUUUGCAACCUAAGCCUAUGCUGCAAAACUCUCUGCGACCUUGUUGAUUCGGAGAAGAUAUGGCUUGUCCAAUGCGAAGUCGUAAAGGUUCUUCCUUUAUCCGAAAUAGUCCGAUGGCGAACCGGGAUCUCUUCUUACAAGUCUCUUUGUCGGUUUCUCGUAGAUGUAAUGAACCCUCUCGUCGGUGUCUGGGUUCACCAGAACCCUGAACUCGGGAAUGUUGUUUACGUGAUGCCUGGUUUCUUGUCUGUUAUCGGUUGUCGGAUCAUUCCGCAAGAAGUUGGUUCUUUGGGGAUUCAAGAAGGGAGGCUUAUGUGGUCCCCAGUGUUUGAGAUUGUGUCUGGUUUCGAUGGCUCGGCGAGGUUUUUCCUCCAUGGGAUAGAUAGAGAGAGCAGUUUCUUGUACCCUGGUUUCGUUACCAGCAUUGAUAAGUGUUGCAAUGUUCUUCUCCUCGAGGUUGAGCCCAAGAAGAGACAAGAGAUUGAGAGAACAACAGAGAAGGUUAACCGGUUUCCUUUUUCUAAGCUACCUUUUUGCGAUAGAAGGAAGUUGCUUUACUUGGUGACGGGACAUGUAGGUUUGCCUGUGCCUGAGCUAUUAUCGUUGAGAGAUGAUAAAGCGACGUCGUUGGAACGAAGAACCAUGCUGCUUAAAAGGCACAAGUUUGGUGUGAACUGGAGUCAUAUGAGCCUGGAGGAUGAGUUGUGUUACGAUCCGAUUCAGGUGGAGAUAAACGAUGAGCUGUGGACGCAUCUUGGUUACGGCAGAGAUUUUCGCCGUGUGGAUGAUGAGAUUCAGGUGCAGGGGACGACGCAGAGGAAGAGCUUGAGCAAGUAUUUCAGAAGUGGGAUCAAGAAUAUCCUGAGGAGGUCUAGCUCAACUGGUUCGAGUUCUUCUUCAAAGCAGCAAGCGUCUUCUUGUAGCAGUGAGAUUAGACGUUUCAAUCUCCAAACGUUUCUUAGCUCUGGUGAUUUUGUGGGUCUUAGCGUUAAAGCUUCGAAGAUUAAGCUGGCUUCUUACCGAGCUUGGCCAAGCAUGCACGAAACUCAUUUCGCUCUUUACAAGCUACCGAUUAAGACACCACCUGUGGAGGAUAAUGAAGAGUAUGCUGGCUUGUGGGGAGGAACUUUUGGCUGGCCACCUGGAAAAUGCAGUGAAGAUAAACCAGGUAAGGCUCUUUUCUUACUGAUGCUCACUUACGAAGUAUCUCAAGAUGGUAGUAGUGAGAGACUUCUUGUCGGGACGAAAAUACUAGAAGGCACUCACUAUGUGAUGCAUCCUAAUGGAUCUGCAAUGUUUGUUGUCAAGAUUGGUUCACCUACUUCUUCUUCUGAGAUCUUUCCUUUUGAUAAUGGAGAAGAAGAAUAUGGUUUCGAGUGUUCUUACACAGGAGAAGGUAUUGCAAAGGGUUAUGGUUUCCGGUAUCCUGGAUACAAACCGGGUUCGCUUUUCGUGACAUCCAAAGGCCUUCUCAUGUUUGUUUGGAAAGAAACUAAAACUGUGUUGACGUUGCAAAGACUUAACCUUGAAGAGCUCUUGAAGAAGGGCGUUUGUGUAUCGCCUUUGCCUCCAUGUCUGAACUUUACUUAUCUGACGAAAUCUCAUACUAAUGUGUUUGCCUCAGGACAAAGAACAUCAUCAUAGGAGGCUUUCUUCAACAUAUUUUGUAAGGUUCUCUUGUUGACAUUAUAUAAUCUCAUUGUUGAAUGAAAAAGAAAACUGCAACAUAAAAGUAUGAGUUCAAAAAUAUGUGUGUACUAAGCAUAUAAAACAAUGUAUUGUUAAUGUAACUAGAUUUGUGUCUAAACUAAA